AUGGCCUCCGAAGAAAUGGAGCUCGACGAGCCCAUCCAGCAAGCACCAGGCGAUGUUUCCAACUCCAACUCGAACGAAAACAACAACUCGGGCGACAACAGCACCGCCAAGCUAGCGGCCAUGCAGACCCUCACCAAAGCGACCGCCGUGCGCUCGAUCGAGGGCUGGAUCGUGCUGGUGACCAACGUGCACGAGGAAGCGGACGAAGAAGCGAUCCAUGACAAGUUUGGCGAGUUUGGCGAGAUUCGGAAUGUGCAUCUUAACUUGGAUCGGAGGACGGGUUAUGUCAAGGGCUACGCCCUAAUCGAGUAUAGCACCCUCGAAGAAGCCCGCGCCGCCAUCGACGGCGCCAACGACACGCAGCUUCUCGACCAGACCGUACAAGUCGACUUUGCCUUUGUGCGCCCGCCACCAGGCAAACCCAACAACCCCAACACUAACGGUGGUGGUGGUGGUGGUGGACGUUUUGGUAGUGGUCCGAGGGGCUCGAAUCGCGGGGCUAGGAGUGGGAGGAGUCGGAGUCGGACCAGCCAAACGCCUGGCCCUUCCUGGGCGAGGAACCAACCAGCCGAUGUGUCCGUCUGUCUUCUGGGGGCUAAAGAAAAGAGACACGUCGGCAUCUUGUCGUGGUAG